UUGCAAAACUUAGAUUGAGGUAUCGCAUUAAAUUCAUGUACCACAACCUAACCACUUAACAUAAAUCGACCCACCAACUAUACACAUUGAAACAUCAACAAUAAUGACAACUCAUAUAGUUAAUGUAUGAUAUACAUCUCUCUAAGAGACUAUUCUAUAUCACCAAUUUGAUCUAAUUUCCAUGGCUUCUUCUCUCAAAAUCAGCAGUCUUCCAUACCAGAGGCUUUCUCUAGAAGAUGAUGUCUUGGAAGAAACAACAACAAGACCCUCAUCAUCAUCAUAUCCUCACAGGUUCAAGAGAGUGCUGUCACUGAGAGGAAGGAGGAGGAUUAGAAUUAGAGUUAAGAUCCGGAGACUUAGGGGAUUUGUGAGGAAGAAAGCGAGUAAGGUUAAAAUUGGAGUUUUAAAGAUAUUGAAGAGGUUGAAGGAGAGUCAAUCUCACUUUGGUGAUCUAUUUGCUGGUAAUUACCUUUUCAUGCAAGUUAAUCCUUCUUCUCUUAACACUAAGUACGUCUUUGACAGAUCUUUUCAAGUUCAAAAUGGUAACUUAAACUCUAAAGUAUCUCUUCCUAGAGUUCUUAUGUAAAGAAGACGUGUGAAAGAAAAAAAGCAUCAAUUAUAUAUAUAUCCAUUUCGAGUUUAAGAGACUAUGGUUAAUUGGUUAUGAGUUAUGAUUCUCUAUUUUUCUAAUUACAUUUGGCUAUGUGUCUUGUUUGUAACUAUUUCAAGGAGAAAGUAAAGCAAAAAAAACUUAUAUCUAAUGGAAAGCAGUUAAAAUCUAUACAUGUUUAAUUUUUAUUG